CGCGAGGCGCUCAGUGCCAGGCGGGAGGCGGCAGCGGUUGGAGGCUUCGCCGGGCUUUGCAGCGGGGACUUCGGCGGCGGCGGCGCCUCAGGCAACCUCGGCCCUGACACAAUGAGGCGAGUAGUACGACAGAGCAAGUUUCGGCAUGUGUUUGGACAAGCGGUGAAAAAUGACCAGUGUUACGAUGACAUCCGGGUUUCUCGAGUGACCUGGGAUAGUUCUUUUUGUGCUGUCAAUCCCAGAUUUGUUGCCAUAAUCAUAGAAGCGAGUGGAGGAGGAGCCUUCCUUGUGCUGCCUUUGCACAAGACUGGCCGAAUUGACAAAUCCUACCCUACAGUAUGUGGCCACACAGGACCAGUGCUGGACAUAGACUGGUGCCCACAUAAUGAUCAAGUGAUUGCCAGUGGGUCAGAGGACUGCACGGUUAUGGUGUGGCAGAUCCCUGAGAAUGGACUCACCCUUUCCCUGACUGAACCCGUGGUCAUUUUAGAAGGGCACUCCAAGAGGGUUGGUAUCGUGGCCUGGCAUCCGACUGCUCGCAAUGUGCUUCUUAGUGCAGGCUGUGAUAAUGCCAUUAUCAUCUGGAACGUGGGGACUGGGGAAGCCCUCAUCAACCUGGACGAGAUGCACUCUGACAUGAUCUACAAUGUGAGCUGGAACAGGAACGGCAGCCUCAUCUGCACAGCCUCCAAAGACAAGAAAGUCCGAGUCAUCGACCCCAGGAAACAGGAGAUUGUUGCUGAGAAGGAGAAAGCACACGAAGGCGCAAGGCCCAUGAGGGCCAUCUUCCUGGCGGACGGCAACGUCUUCACCACCGGCUUCAGCCGCAUGAGUGAGCGACAGCUGGCUCUCUGGAAUCCGAAAAAUAUGCAGGAACCAAUUGCGCUUCAUGAAAUGGAUACCAGCAAUGGGGUGUUGCUUCCUUUCUAUGAUCCUGACACGAGUAUCAUUUACUUAUGUGGAAAGGGUGACAGCAGUAUUCGCUAUUUCGAGAUCACGGAUGAAUCCCCAUAUGUCCACUACCUCAACACAUUCAGCAGCAAGGAGCCUCAGAGAGGGAUGGGUUACAUGCCCAAGAGGGGACUUGAUGUUAACAAAUGUGAGAUUGCCAGAUUCUUCAAACUCCAUGAGAGAAAGUGCGAGCCCAUUAUCAUGACUGUUCCCAGGAAGUCCGACCUUUUCCAGGAUGACCUGUACCCCGACACGGCAGGGCCCGAAGCUGCGCUGGAGGCCGAGGAGUGGUUUGAGGGGAGGGACGCAGACCCACUGCUCAUCUCUUUGAAAGACGGGUACAUUCCAGGCAAGAACAGGGACCUCAAGGUGGUCAAGAAGAACAUUCUGGAUAGCAAGCCCAGCGCAAACAAGAAGUGCGACCUGAUCAACGCCCCCAAGAAGACCACAGACCCUGCCAGUGUGCAAAAUGAAGCCAAGUUGGAUGAGAUUUUGAAAGAGAUCAAAUCUAUAAAAGACACAAUCUGCAAUCAAGAUGAGCGCAUUUCCAAGCUGGAGCAGCAGAUGGCCAAGAUCGCAGCCUGAAGGUCCCACCCCCACCCCUCCGGAAAUGGGAGCAAGGACUUAGCUUGGGAGCUGGUGGUUGGUGUGGCCCCAGGGAGGGUGACCCGGGCACUGCCGCUGGAGACAUUCCGCUCAGACCUGGCAGCUGGUGUAGGCCACGUUCCACUCAGAAUACGAUUCGUCUCCCAAAUUUGCAAAAAACAAAGGCUGAGCUUUUUAUCAGAAAGCCUUUUCAAUGUUUAAGUGUUAUGUGACUUGUUGAACUUUUAAAAAGACAAAAGUGCUACUUUUAAAAUCCCACAUAUUCCGAAUUUUAAAAAAACAAGCCAAUUCUGAUUCAGUGUCGUGCCCAAGUACUUUUUUUUUUAAAUUUUUACAAAUAGGGACCAAUGCCACAUUGCUUUUUUAUAUUUCUUUCUUUCUUUUGUUUUUAAUGUUGCCAAAACCAAAAGUAGCCUUUUUUUUUCCUUUGUAUUUUGCUACUUUGCAGUAUUUGUGUGUGGGUUUUUUUUUUUGUUUGUUUUCUUUACUUUAAAAGGGACAGCACUGUGUAUGUUUAUAAACUAAAUGAAGAUAUUAUUUUGUAUAAAUGUUCAUCUGAAAGCAUUGAGAGCGGUAGGCACUCAGUGCUGGCUCGUUUGCAGCACAGAUCCAGUCAUGCGAGUGACUGUGCACAAGGAAGACUGGGAAAGCAGUGUGGGUUUGUGGACCACCCCUCUCGCUCCCCUGAGUCUUCUGAGCAGAAAAAAAAAAAAAGGCUCACAUCGUAGCUCCUUCCUUCCUUCCUUCCUUUCCUUCCUCUUUUCUAGAAACUAGGUGGCUGUGCCAGAUGGAAUUUUACUUCUUGGUUACCCUGUGCUUUGGAUGAUUAUAAUCUAACCCGAACUAGCAUGUGUUUCUGCAGUUUUGUUCUACAUGUAGGAUCUGUCGCGUUCAUCACUGGACGCCAUGUUUCAGGUUCUGGUCGAUACUUGAGAAGGGUGCCCGGGAUGAGAACACAACGCGUGUGUUGCCUGCUGUCCAGUGUUCUUGCCGGUCUCGGCAGCUGGCCUGGUGCUGGAGUGCCGCGGUGGGGACUCAGAGCAGCAUGUCGCCCUGGGGAUCCCGUUGCCUCACAUGAUGCCUGCUGUCCCCAUGCUGACCGCCCCCAAGCUCCUGCCUUCCCCUUUGCUCACACGCCAUGACCUCUCUCAGGGCCCUCCGCAGCCAUUCCUCCUGUCCUCCUUGUCUUUCAGUCCUAAACACAUGGGGUCUUGGGUUGCUCUUGCGGAUAGAGAUCAAGGAGGUCCAGGAGUCAGCAGGUGCAAGAGUGCAGACUUCUGCUGAGACCAUGGUGUGUGCCCACUACUCCUCUAUGCCCAGUGCAAAUGAACCACUUGGCCUCUGCAGGGUCCUCCCUGGCACCGAGGGGACCAAACACUGAACUUUGAACCCUGUGCUCAUUCCUAGGCUUGCUCAGAACUCCCUACCCUGCCCCCCCUACCACCACCACCAAUUUCCCUUUCUCAGAAUGCAUGCUUGCAAAGCAAGGUAGAAGGAGUGUGUGUGAGAAGGAGAGUGUCUGAGGUAGCACUCAGAACAAAUGGUGUCCCAGGGCCCUGCACUGGUUUGGCUGGUUGGAAGGGUCCCCUAGGGAAACAGUAAUGACCACGCCUCAGGCUGCACAACCCAGCUGCGGGUAACGCAUCACCUUCCUAACCAGCUGUGGCCUGGGGUUGAAGGCAUCCGAAUAUUAGGGGUGAUUCUGUGUGUGUUCCUAGUCCUGAAGUGAGCAGUAAGAAUGACGGUGACUUGGAAGUAAGCCCGCCUCUGUCGAUGUCAUGCACUAAGGGCCUUCGUUGUAGUCACUCAGCAGUGUUGGAAGGUCUGACACGAGCACCCCCCUCCAAGCCUAGUUGAAACACCAGGGGGUAUGUGACUGGAGAAGAGGCCACAGAGGCCCUGAGAAGGUACCCUAAUUGGGGCCGCAGGUGACUGAAUGAAUGGAUGGAGGCCCCAGUGGCUCACUGCAGGUGUGCCCCUAUCACGUUCUGUCUGGGUUUGUUUAUUUGUUUGCGUAUGACAUCCUGGAGAGGGAGGACAGUGGAUUACUCCUCAAUCGGCUCUUAUAGAGCGGCCAUAGCAGUCUGUCAGAACACUUGCUUCCAUUUUUCAAAGAUAAAAAUCAUUGAUUACAAA